UUUAGGGCUUCGCUUUGUUUUUUCAGGUUGGGUCAAAGGUCAUUUGCCAGGGACUUUCCCUUCCCUCCAAACUGGCGGUUGGAACAAGCCUGUUGCAUCUUGAAUUUUUACAAACUGAGUCUUACAGAUAAGGCUUAUACUCAAGACGCUGUCAAGAAAUGCCCCGUACUAGCAGCUCUCGUGAGUCACUUUUUCCAGAGCUCACCUCUAAACUGAGCACUGACGAGCUUGUCAAAAGACUCAAGACAUGCUUGAAAUAUUUGGUGGAGUGCGAUGUGCUGAAAGAAGUAAAUAUCUCUCACCUGAACAAGCUCUCGUGUAGUCUGCUCCUCUCAUUUCUGCACAACCAUCGCAGUAGGGAUGUGAAGGCCCUCACUGCUGCUAACAUUGUGGAAGUAUUCAGGCUGUUCCAUCCCGAGCACCCCUAUGCUGAUGACGACUUAAAGGUUGUGUUUUCACUGUUUGUUUCACAACUGAGGGGGCUGGACCAGCCCAAUGGAGCUCCAUUCAAGCAUGCAUUUCAGCUCCUUGAGUCCCUGAUGAAGCUGCAGCUGUUCUUGCUCUGUCUGUCACCUGACUUGUCAGACAUUCUUGCUGACUUCUUCAAGAUAGCUUUUCAUGUUGUAAGUGACAUUCAGACGCCCAAGGUGAAAAACUACCUACUGGAUAUGCUAGUCCUCCUACUGCACGAGGGAGAGAUCGUCUCUCCGGAUAUACUUGACACUAUGCUCACCAACAUCAUUGAUCCAGUCAAGUCAUCCAAUAAACCUGUGUACAGUUUUACUGUCGAGUUGAUUCGUAAGGCUAGCUCUUACAUUGAGCCACAUUUACACAAAUUCUUUAACAACAUGUUGGUGGUGGGGAACAGCUCUGAGUCUGAGCUUGGCCUCCACCUGUACACGCUCAUCUACGAGCUCUAUGCCAUUGACUCCUCUCUGCUGCUCUCUGUCCUUCCUCAACUGGAGUACAAGCUGACUAGUACAGACAUCAAUGAGCGAAAAGAAGUCACAGAAGUACUUGCAAAAAUGUUCUCCCCCAAAGGUUCAAAAUUGGCCAAAGAAAAUCGACCCCUCUGGAGCUGUUUUCUGGGCAGGUUUUCUGAUGCUCAUACCCAGAUUCGUAUUCUGUGUACCUCAUUCUCUAAGGUCCUUCUUGUCAACCAUCCUCACCUUGCAGAGGACGUUGCUUGCAAGCUUCAGGAGCGCAUCUUGGACAAGGAUGAAAAAGUGAGGAUGGGAGUGGUGAAAGUAAUCUUGGAGACUGCUCAAGAAAACAUCAAGUUACUGCCUCAGGAGCUCAUCGAUGCAUUAAUCAAUCGCUUAAGAGACAAAUCGUGGAAUGUUCGAAGAGAGGCCAUGAUUGGUCUGGCUAAACUCUAUCGUAAACUGCUAUCUGGCUCCUCAUCAUCUGAAGUUGAGCUCAAGCCCUCUUUAGUUAGAAUGUACUCAUGGAUCCCCACAAAGCUCCUCCAUUGCUACUAUAUGGUGUCAGCAGAAGACAGACUGUGUGUGGAGAGAUGUAUGCUUGGUGCGCUGGUACCUGUCAGUUAUCGUUCCCAAGAUCGCAUGCAACGACUCGUGCAUGUCUACGCCCGGCUGGAUGAGAAUGCUACCAAGGCAUUUGAUCAGCUACUUGUCUCAAGGCAUCAACUGAGGAAGCACAUGAUGUCCGUUGUUACUGCUAUUCGGUCUGGACAGAUUCCAGAAGAUGAGACGAAGGAUCACGUGCUUACUAGUCUUGUACUUCCAAUUGCACGAAAGCUUCCUGAGCCAGUGAAAGCACAAGCUGCACUCAAAGAAUUCGUUAAGAUGCUGCUUGAGGACGAAGAGAUGGUUGAUACUCUUGCAAAGGCAGUUGACUGUGUAAUACCAUGUGAACAUGUUCAGAGUGCAAAGGUGGAAAUGCUGAAUAGCGUGAAGUCCAACGAUGUGGUCAUGGAAGUUAUGAAGAACCUGUUGGAUUUCUGUGGCAAAGUGAUGGUUGAUAAUCUGUGUAUUGGACACCUUGUCGAACAGGUUUCACGGGCUCUGUUUGACUGCCCAUUGUCAGACAGCCAGGAACAGGAGGCAGAGACCUUCAUGGUUGCUAAGAAGGCUGUCAGAUUGUUGAGGGUUCUGGCGCCCGUUAUUCCUGAGUGUUUUACCUCUAAUGAAGUGUUCACCGGUUUGGUUGACAUUCUCAAUCACAAGGAUAUUGAAAUUACUAAGCAGGCACUGCAAGUGUUCAUAUCUAUUGGAAAUCAGGUUGACGCCAAGCUCGCCAGUUGUCUUCAACCCAUCCUCACCAAACUUGCCUCAAGUGGUCAUGUCCAAUUGGCCAAACUCGCUGUCAAAUGUAUCCACUGUGUUUUCCAAGAACCUCGUCCAAUCUUUGAUAAACUGUGCACUACUCUGGUGGGGCAUGUAGACUACGAGGAUCCCCAUUUUCACACUGUCCUUGUUAGCCUGAGUCAACUGGCAAAGCUGCAGCCAGAGGUGUUCUCUCCUUUUCACAAGACCAUUGUCAGGGACAACCUCGUCAAAAAUCUCUUCGUUGUUGAUAGGGAUGAUACUGUGUAUGAGUUUGAUGUGAACUGUGACUCUGAGUGGUGCGAGGAUGACCAUGUGUCGUAUGAGGCAAAGGCCAAGGUGUUUGCUGCAAAGCUACUGGUGAACUGGCUGGUGGGGGACAAUACUCUAGGAGAAAAGGCUGCCCUUCCUGUCAUCAGGAUGUUCAUUAGCAUCAUUUUGAACAAUGGCGACUUGCUGGAGAAAGAGCAUAUCAGUCCCCCUGACAUGUCUCGACUGAGACUGGCCGCUGGCUGUGGGCUGCUGAAGCUGGCCUGCUGCCCACGAUACGCUGAGCUUAUCACAGCCGAACAUUUCCAGUCUCUUGCUUACCUAGUCCAGGACUCAUGUUUGGAAGUGAGGCAUCUGUUUGCUGUCAAGCUCAGUAAAAAACUUUUGUCUAUAAGACUACCUCCUAGCUAUCUCUCCAUCUUUGUGCUGGCUGGAAGUGAGCCUCAGAAAACUGAGAAAGCAACGUUUCGAAAGAUGGUUGUCUCCACUGUGGACAAACGAAGGAAAGCAUUUAGUGAGCUCCUCAAGGCUCAAGAGAAACAUCACGCAUUUCUGCCAGAGUAUGCCAUCCCUCAUGCCGUAUACCUCAUAUCUCACCACAAAGAUUUCCGUAGGACAAAUAUUGAAACGCUCGACAACUUUAAGGACUGUCUCUGGUUCUUUCUGGAGCCAAUUGUGGUGAAAGGAGACAACUACAGCUUUGUGUGGAAAUUAUUGGAAACGAUGAAGUCCACAGUGGAUGCUCACAAUCCUGAUGACCCUGAAAUCAACAAGAACAUUUACUGCACUUGUGACCUGGCAAUGGGAGUCCUCUCAAAGAGAAUGAUGCACAUAAAGCUUGGUGACUUUUCUGGGGAAGUUCUCCUGCCAGCCAAAUUGUACUCUUUAAAGAAGGGGAAGAUUGCCAAGUCAUCAGUGAAGUACCUGCCUCCUGACUACGACUGCACUCCCUCCAAGCUUCCAGGCAUCAAGACUGAGACUGAUGGCUCCACUCCUAAAAAGAUCACUCCUCGGAAAAGAGCCGGUCGAUCCAAGUCUCCAGUACUACCUGUUAGACGAGCUAGGAAAUUGCGAGGGUUUGCCACAAGCACUCCUGCAGUGAAGCCAAUCAAGCCUUUUGGUGCUAGGUUAGGCAAGAAGGCCACACCCGAAAAAAAGACACAGACAUACUCCAACAGUGAUGAGAAUGGACUAUCUGAUGUUGAGGAAGCUGGUGUUGAGGCAAGUUCACUAUAUGUCAGUCCGGUGAGGAGUAGCCCAAGGAAAGGCACUGUGCCAAGAAAACAAGGUGUCAUUCGAAAAGUUCUUCAACACAAAGAUAAAAAGGAAGAUGAUGAGAUAGACCCAGUCUGUGUUGGGGAGAGUGGAGCAUCCCCUCCAGCAGAGCGAAAGGCAACGCGGAGGAGUCACAGGAAAAAGACCGCACAAGAGGCGGUGGUGAGCUACGUGGAGCCUUCAUCCCCAGAUGAAGAUGAUGCAGAUUCUGAGGUCGAAGUAAAUCCAUCACCUAAACGAAGAAAGACGAAAGACGUGGCUGCUAAAGAAAAGAAGGUGUGUGCUGAUGAACCCAAGAAUGCAGCCACGGGUAUUAAACGCAAGACAAGACACAGAAGAUGAAUAAACAAAUUAUUACUAUACCCUAUCCACUUCUUCAUGAUAUUUAGUUAUAGCAGUCACUCCAAUAUUAUAAUUAUUAUUAGUCCUCUAUGAUGCCUUUUUAAGAUCAACGUGUACAGAACUCAUCACCCUCACUUCCUCCUCAAGAGCCUGCAUAGAUCUAUGUGGCAGGUUCUAAACUUUCCUUAACUCAGACUACAUAUCACCAGUAUUCACACGUCACCCUUUGACAUUCUCAUGUUAAACGAUUUUACUGUCAUUGAUAUAUUUUAUACUGC